UAUGUAAUGACUACUUGUUUGAAAAAUCAUACUGUACAUACAAUGUUAAUUAUGUUUAGUGUUAUAUAGUAAUUAAUCAACUUUACAAGUGAGAAUUAUGACUCCGCCACUGGUUUAAUGUGUUUGUUGUUCUUUUUUUUGGCCAAAUUUUAGGUGCUAGUGUAUGAGUUUCUUGACAAUAAUUUGUAGUGAUAAGUACUUCUUUGUUUAAGUGGCGGAGCUAGAGGGGGGGAAAGGGUUCUCACCUAAAAACUCGUUCGUUGAAAAAUUACACUGUAUAUAUAAUGUUAAUUAUUUUUAGUGUUAUUAUAUAGUAGUAAAUAAUGAACUUCACGAGUGAAAAUUAUGUCUCCGCCACUGAUUUGUUUGUUGUUAUUGUUUUGUACUAAUUUUAGGUGCUAGAGUAUGAGUGUGUGUGUGCAUGUGUGGUGCUUCUUGACAUCAAUUUCUUGUGAUAAGUACUUUUUUGUUUAAGUGGCAGAGUACAUGACCCUUGACAGAAAGACGUGGAGGACGCGGACUAGGUUAAAGGGUUAGUGGGUAGGAGUACGUUUGUAAUAGUAGGGACGAGUGCUUUUGUCUGUAUCUACGCCUGUAGUUGCUUGUUCAUAGUGUUUCGGUGAUGUCUUUGAUUUCGAAUAGAUGGUUUAUAGUAUUAACGUGUGGGUGUCUUGUUUUCUUUAUUAUCUAGUGGUGUGUCUCCUAUUUUUGUUGUGUGCUUUUAUGUUCUUCGUUCGUUUGUUUGAUUAUACUGUUAUCUGGCCUGAGUCGGGGAUCUAUCGAAAACAGUCUCUCUACUUCAUCUGAGGUAGUGGUAUGGACUGCGUACCCUUUACCUUCUCAGACCCACUUUGUGGGAAUACACUGGGUAUGUUAUUGUUGUUGGCAGAGCUAGAGGGUCGGAAGGGGUCAUCUUAACCAUGUUAGCUGAAAAAUCAUAGUACUAUAUAUAUAAUGUUAACUCUCUGAGAUAAUGGUGUCAAAAUAUAUCUUAAAUAUCUACUUUUUGCGAGUUUUACACCCGAACUGUCAGUUGUUUCCUUCUCCUACCUGAACUAUCGCCAAUUGUUCUAUUUUCUUAUCCGUGAACUAUCACCAUCUGUGUAGUAAAACGCACCUAGUUGAGUAGAUGAUGAUAGUUGAGGCGUAAAAUUCGCGGAAAAUGAUAGUUCAGGAACUCAAGGAUUUGUGCUCUCAGCUUCACCAUGCUGCAGAUUAUUGUGAGAAAGCAUUUGUAAAGGCAGAAGAGAAAAGAGAUGUGGUGGAAAACACAAAAGAGUACCUCUGCAGAGCUGUUGUUACAGUCGUCGAUCAUUUAGGAUGUGUCUCAGCUAAACUUGAAUACCAGAUUUCAACGAUUGACACAGCUUCUGCAACAGAGCUACGAAUUGAUGGCCUGACUCAAAGGCUCGCGACCUGCCAGCAAUACUCUAACAAGCUUGCUCUCACAAGGCUUUGUUGGACUACCGAUUUAGCAACAUUUCAUCGUCGCUAUAUAUCACCGUCAAUUGAUGAUCUCAAGAGAAUGAAAAGAAUGUCAAGGGGAUUCGGUAUACCAAUUGGCAGUAAGAAUCUGGACAAGGAUGAAUUCGAGGCGGAGGAGAAUGUGCCACUAUUUUUGUACACUUACAACUGUAAGCCUUCUCUACUUGAAGAUUCAAAGCAAAAGUCUAGCUUUUCACCUCCAGUGCUGCCAGUUCGCGAUGGACUAUCUGUUGUACCGAAAUCACAAAAUUCCAACUUUGUGUUUCAGGAGGCUCGAAAGCAAAAACGGAACAUAUUGACUUGGAAACCGAUGCAUAAUAAGGAUAUCAGGUCACUCGUUCGACGUGGUAGAAGAAUAGUAACAUGAAUCCGCGAUGAGUCUGAAGGCUGCAAUGAAUAUUCCGUUUUGGAAAAGAUUGUGUAGAUUGUUGCAGCCUGCAGACUUCAACUUACCGAAACUGGAAUCAUGUAUUACUACUCUUGCUUCGCGAUUUAUGUACAUUAUAAAGGGUCUUAUUAGUAGCUUGAGAAUCUUAUGAAGUUUCUAUUUACGAGAUAAUGGUAAAAAAUACAGCUGAAAUAUCACUUUUUUGUGAGUU